AUGCAGCCGCCCUUCCAGAUCCUCGCCAGCUCCCCGAGGUCCAGGUUCCACCCCCGCUCCUCGCUCUUCGCCCGCAGGAGGUUCAUCCCCUGCGCGUAGCUGCAGAUCUUCGAGGCGUACAGCGCCUGCCGCACGUCGUCAAUCAGCUGCUUCUUGUCCACUGCCCGCCGGCCGCCGGUGUUGAGCUCGAGGCCGGCGUGGGCGAGGACGGCGGCGGCGGACUCGCGCUCCUCCUUGAGGCCGCUGAGGAACCGGCAGUCGAGGGACGCGGCGAUGGUGGGAGCGGCGACGGAGAGCUCCGCUGCCUGCUGGACGGUCCACUUGCCGGUGCCCUUCAUCCCCGUCUUGUCCAGGAUCUUGUCCACCAGCUCGGCGUCGCUGUAGUCGUCCUGGACGAGGAAGAUGUCGGAGGUGAUCUCGAUCAGGAAGCUCUCCAGCUCGCCGCGAUUCCACUCCGCGAAGAUCUCGGCGAGCUCCCGGUUGGAGAGCCCCCCCACCGUCUUCAGCACGUCGUAGGCCUCGGAGAUGA